AUCAGUCCGGCCAGUCAUGCUCCUGCAGCCCCUUGGAGAAGCGCCGUCACAAAGCGAUAGACUGAAUCCAUGGUGCAGCCCGGGGGGUCCGCCCCGCUGCAGGUUACUGGAGAGCCGCUGUGGCAUCGUAGACGUUCACAGAAUGACUUAUUUCACAAGACUCAUUUUGUUUUUGUUUUGUCUGAUGGCUCUUGUGGAGAGCAGAAAGCCCAAGAGGAGGAGAUGGACAGGGCAGCUGGAAAUGCCCAAGCCAAGUCACCUAUAUAAGAAGAACCUUGACGUGACCAAAAUCCACAAGGGAAAACCUCAGCCACUUCUCAGAGUGGAGGACCACGAUUUCUCCAUGAGGCCCGCCUUUGGAGGCCCUGCUAUCCCGGUGGGCGUGGACGUGCAGGUGGAGAGCCUGGACAGCAUCUCGGAGGUGGACAUGGACUUCACCAUGACCCUGUACCUGCGGCAUUACUGGAAGGACGAGAGGCUGGCCUUUCCCAGCACCAGCAACAAGAGCAUGACCUUCGACGGCCGGCUGGUAAAGAAGAUCUGGGUCCCCGACGUCUUCUUUGUUCACUCCAAACGGUCCUUCACCCACGACACCACCACUGACAACAUCAUGCUGAGGGUGUUUCCAGAUGGACACGUGCUCUACAGCAUGAGGAUUACGGUCACUGCCAUGUGCAACAUGGACUUCAGCCACUUUCCCCUGGACUCCCAGACCUGCUCUUUGGAGCUGGAAAGCUAUGCAUAUACAGAUGAAGAUCUGAUGCUGUAUUGGAAGAAUGGGGAUGAAUCCCUGAAAACCGAUGAGAAGAUCUCCCUGUCCCAGUUUCUGAUUCAGAAAUUUCACACCACUUCCAGACUGGCCUUCUACAGCAGCACUGGCUGGUACAACCGUCUGUACAUUAACUUCACGCUGCGACGCCACAUCUUCUUCUUCUUGCUCCAGACCUACUUCCCUGCCACCCUGAUGGUCAUGUUGUCCUGGGUGUCCUUCUGGAUCGAUCGCAGAGCGGUGCCCGCCAGAGUUUCACUGGGUAUCACCACCGUGCUGACCAUGUCCACCAUCAUCACGGGCGUGAACGCCUCCAUGCCCCGCGUCUCCUACAUCAAGGCGGUGGACAUCUACCUCUGGGUCAGCUUCGUGUUCGUGUUCCUGUCGGUGCUGGAGUACGCAGCCGUCAACUACCUGACCACCGUGCAGGAGCGCAAGGAGCGGAAGCUGCGCGAGAAGUUCCCGUGCAUGUGUGGAAUGCUUCACUCAAGAACCAUGAUGCUGGAUGGAAGCUACAGUGAGUCUGAGGCCAACAGCCUGGCCGGGUACCCAAGAAGCCAUAUUCUGACGGAAGAAGAAAGACAAGACAAAAUAGUGGUCCACCUGGCUCUGAGCAGUGAAUCCAGCUCCUCUAGGAAGAAAGGGCUUCUGAAGGGCCACAUGGGUCUUCGCAUCUUCCAGAACACCCACGCCAUUGACAAAUACUCCAGGUUGAUAUUUCCUGCCUCUUACAUAUUUUUCAACUUAAUUUAUUGGUCAGUGUUUUCCUAGGGGCCCCGAGGCUGUGCCUGGGAAAGGACAUAGAUAUCUAUGGGGCCUGGCCAGCCGUCUGCACAUGGAAGUGCUGACCAUGCUCCCCUCACCAGAUGGAGUGGUAGCUCCUAGAUCACCAUGGCAGCACUCCCUCCCAGAGGGGGCCCUCCAGCUGCCCUUCCCCUGACCUCAUGGAUUUGCUCCUCGUUAAUGCUGUGUUCUGUGUCCUACUUCAUACCUCUUUCAGACUUCUUCUGUUCUUGUGUGUAAACAGGUUCACAAGAGCCCCCUCCUAUAAAAAAUGACUCAAAUGCCUCCUAGAUAGUCUGAGACCCUAAUGAAGCCUAGGAUUCAGUUGUGAAGGGACAGGAAAGAAUAAAAGGCAAGCUUAGGGGCUUUCUGGAUAGGAGAUGGGAAAUAGGAUUCAAAAUAGGAAUAAAAAAAAUCUGUAAACCCAUACAACUAGAUUAAGUGCCUACCUAGGAAGGAAAAAAAUCUCAGAUCCCAGAUAGGAAACGAGACCUGGGUGAGUCUGGCAACUCUCAUGAUUUUGCAAUCCAUUCAACCAUUCGUUAAAUAUUGAGUACCCACCCUGUUCCAGGUCCUGUGGAAAUGAACAAAUAGAAGUCUCUUUUCUUAGAGAACUUCUCUAAGCCUGCACUCAUUCUAUGUAUGGCAGAGGGUACUUCUGCCCUUCCUCAACCCCCACUGACCCCACAGAUCCGUUCUGUUUGCUGGUGCUUUUACUUCUAGGUCUGUCUGGAAAAGCACUUCCAGUCUCCUAUGAGACCCUCACGAAGCCAGCUUAAUACUACUCUCCUGGAAUCUCCAUGCAAGACAAGUCUAGUGGUGGGGAGAGGGCCAAGGACUUGAGAAUUGGUGAUGACAGAACUCGGUCUUGGAGAGGAAGGAGCCAUGGGUCUGCUGUGGCAAUGUGUUCCAUAUUCCAUCCUACCUCGCUUUCUGGGCUUCUCUCCCAGCAGACAGGUGUCCUUAAUAGUCCCUGUGUCCGAGCGCUGCCCCCCCCCCGGAACUCUACCUAACCAGAUAUGCCCUGCACCCUCGAAUGAUUUCUCCCUUCCACAAGGUAAUGACUUUCCUCUAAUGUAGCUAAGCUCAGAUUAGGAAAGCAAUCUGAUUAAUUGAAUCUGCAGUAAGUCGUGAAUGACCAUUUCUCUUAACCCUAAUUUAGGUGCUUGCUAGUUAACUCAAGUGAACCCCUCAUUGGUAGUAUUUAUAGAAAUAUAAAGAACAUGAUUUUGAGAAGGGGACCUUCUCUUUAAAUUACAGCACUUGGAAUCAGAGGGCUGUUCUGGGAUAGAGAAGGAAUGCCCAGUUCAGAUUUCUUGCUUAAUAAAAGAAGUUUUUCUGCUCUUUCCCUCUACCUACUGCCCCUUCCACCUUCCUGCUCAGGGUCUGGGUAUCUGGUCUUUUGGUCACGAGUGUACAAAUGGUACAGCUAAAGACAGGAUAACCCUGCCCUAAGUCAGGUGAGCUCUGGCCUGUGGAGUCUCCUCCACAGCUUCUGCCUUGCAGGGGCAGGGAUUUAUAGUUCCUGAGGAUUAGAGCCAGGUGGGUACCAGAGCCUCCUGAAGUUUCAAGUCAGGGGCCCGUAGAUCCCUGAUCCUCUCCCCCCCACCCCCCACCCCCGCCACCACAACUGCCACCCAGUUGCGCUAUGCAUGCCAGCUUUUCCACUCCUUCCACUCGGAAGCCCCCCACCCACUUCCUCUGUUACCAUACCUAGUCCUUGUGUGGUCCUGGUCCCAGACACACCCUUGCCACCACUCCAUUGCCCAUGUGGAGGACCAGACUCCCAUCCCUGGCUAUCAGCCCUGAUAUGAACUGGGGCCUGCAGCCCACCAGUCCAGAGGUGGUGUGAUCAGGGCAGGGAUUUGAGGAGAUACACUCUCAACAGGACAGGCUCUAGGCAACAAUAUGACAUAGGUUAUCUUGGGCAACUGCAAGUUUGGGAGGUUCCCAAGACCACUCUCAGGUUUAAUAAUUAGCUAGGAGGACUCCCAGAACACAGAAAAGCCAUUAUACUCACAGUGAUGGUUUAAUGUGGCAAAAGGAUACAGAUUAAAAUCAGCAAAGGAAAGCAGCAUUUACAGCAGGGUGCAGGAGAAACCAGGCAUAGAACUUCCAACUGUUCUCUCGCAGUAGAACUGUGCAGUUAGUGCUUCUUUCUCCCAGCAGUGGUGCGUGACAAUAUGCACCAAGUAUUGUCAACCAGGGAAACAUAGCCAAGUCCAUCAAGGUGUGCAGAGUUUUUACUAGGGGUCGGCCAUGUUCAUACAGCUAACUGCUUGCCUGGCUGACCUUAGUUUCUAGCCUUUCCAGAGGUUGAGCUGACAACUCUUAGCCUAAGGCCUCCAUCAUAAAUCACAUCGUUAGUAUAGACUAUCUGGUAUGGCCCAAGGCUUCCAGGCAAACAAACACCCUCCUAUUAGAGUCUCCUAUAAGGGCUUAGAAAUGAUCUCCCAGGAGCUGAGGCCAAGGCCCAAACCUUUUCUUUUGUCAAGGUUGAUCGUUUAUUGCACAGCAAUCUUUGCCAGUUUAUAGUUAAUGUUUAUAGUUAAUGUUGAUUGCUGUACUGCUAUUAUAGAUUCAUGCAACUAACAUUUUAAAGCAUCCCUGCACUAGGAUGUCCAGAUUAAGAAUAAGAGAUAGUUCCAGCUGUCUGAGAGGGGUGGUAGAGGACAAGGUAUACAAAUAUCUACAAGGUAAAAAGUGUUAAGUGCUACAGUAGUGGUUCAAAGUGUAAUGGGAAUUCUGAGGAAGGAAAGAAUGAUUUCCACUGGGAAGACCGAAUCUCAUGGAGAAAACGGCCCCUGAGGUGCCCCGUGAAGAUUGGAGAUUUGGGGCAGAUGUACAUGCUCGAUGCCCAUGUGGAAAAGUACAUGCUAUCCGACUCUUCAUUUUAGCUCAGGUCAUGAUCUCAGGGUCGUGAGAUGGAGCCCUGCUCAGCGGGGAGUCUGCUUGAGAGUCUUUCUCUCCCUUACCCUCUGCCUCUCCCCCACUCCUCAUCCCCCACCCCUGCUCU